AUGCCUAACUACGCUCUAUCGGAUUUUUUCCGCCUUGAGAAGAUUGGCGAAGGCACAUAUGGAAUAGUAUACAAAUGUCGCAACCGAAAGUCGGGCCAACUUAAAGCCAUGAAACGAAUUAAGCUUGAGAACUUUGAUGAGGGUGUCCCUUCGACGGCUAUCAGAGAAAUUGCACUUCUCAAAGAGCUGGAACACCCAAAUGUUGUAACUUUGGAGCAGGUUAUCCUAGAUCGCGGUCGACUGUAUCUAAUCUUUGAAUAUUUAACUCUGGAUCUCAGACGGUAUCUAGAUAACAAUUGUAAGGACGCUGGAUUGCCUCCAGACACUGUUAAAUUGUUCAUGUAUCAAAUGCUUCAAGCUCUUCUCUAUUGCCACGCAAGGCGCAUUAUCCACCGUGAUCUAAAACCCCAAAACAUUCUGGUCGACGUUGACAGAAAUGUUGUUAAGUUAGCUGACUUCGGCUUGGCUAGAUCGUUUGGUUAUCCACUUCGAAAGCUGACCCACGAGGUCGUCACUCUGUGGUAUCGCUCUCCUGAGAUUCUACUAGGUGAAACUCUCUAUUGCUGUGGUGUGGAUAUGUGGUCUAUGGGAUGUAUGCUCGCAGAAAUAGCAACAGGAGAUCCUCUCUUUCGCGGUGACUCCGAGAUUGAUCAACUUUUCCACAUAUUCCGAAUAAUGGGGAUGCCGACAGAAGAAAAUUGGCCGGGCGUUACAAAGUUGCGCGAUUAUAAUUCCAAAUCUUUCCCAUCUUGGCACACCAAUAAACUUCGCUCUCAAGGAAAGAUCGUGCGUGCGCUUGGCGCAAAGGGUCUUGAUUUGUUAACUGCGCUUCUUCUCUACGAUCCCGCAUCGCGCAUAAAUGCGCAGCAGGCUCUUUUGCAUCCCUACUUUGCUGACCUUGAUGCAGAACUGCUACCUGCAGUCGGUGAGGAGUUUGUUGGUCUACCGGUAGACAAAAUCCCGUCCGCUAUCGCUGAAAUAUUCAAUGCCGCGCUCACCGUUGCCGACAGCGAAUUAGACGUAGAAGAGGACGAAGAGUCGAUGAAAGAGGCGACAACCUCGGAUAAGAGGCCAAGGUUGGCGCCCUCCACGGUGUUACUGGGUGCGUCGGCAUAUCAGAUCUCAGCGGCUCGUGCGAAGCUUGCAAAGGAGAGGGUGGAGACGUCAAAAAUGGAGAGGCAGGAGGAGGCCCCAGAGGUCAAAAAAUGGAUUACGCAGCCUCUGGCCGAAAAUUAUCAUGCCAACAUGUCUAUCGACUAA